CGACCUACAACAACGGGAUCUACCUAGAAACAUAGGUGACCCUAAAGUCUGCUGCAAAUCUACAACAGUCUUUGUUAGUCAUGGAGGAAACAGAUAGAGAUCACAAGAAAAAGAGAAAUUUACCUCAGUUACCAAGUUGUUUUAUGUCGCCGGAAUCGCCGGGCAACUUUCUACGUGAUCGGCUGACUCCUUGCUUCGACUCGCCGCCAUCGUCAAUUUUCCUAACUCCACCGUGUUCGCAAGAAAAAGAAUCGAUCUCUCAGGUUCAUUCGAUAGCCCUUGAUGGGUUUCCUAAGCUUAAUUUUGAACUGGCUGAGAGCGAUCAGGAGGAAUCCAUGCAGCAAAGCCUUAAUCGGUCACCUUUGAUGCCAAAGGACCGUAUUAUCGGAAGGCUGAUUGGAAUUAAAAGCGUGGAUUUCAUCUCUGAUCUUCUUGCAGUAAACGGCAACAAGAUUUGCCAGGAAAUCUGCAGCUAUCUGGAACCUCCUGAGCUAUGCAGGUUCGCUUCAGUGAAUCGGACUUGGAGGAAUUUUGUGAAUGGAGACACAAAAACAAGCACGAGGUGGAAAGGAUUCCUUAGAGAUCGUAAAAACCACUGUGCUCUCAAGGGAAAGGAAAACUAUGGUAUGCCUUCUCAGAGGUCAUCCUCCAAUAAUCUCAAAGGAUUGCCUCUAAAAUGUGUUGACAUCAAUAAACCUGAAGAGAAGAGCUCAAAAGUACAUGACAACCAUGUUACAACUCCAGUUAGCUCCCAUCCAUUGUCGCAACAGACACUUCAACUAAGACCUUGUCCAAGAUGUGUCUCACCUUCAAAUCUGUCGCAAACACAAGAUGGUCACUGUCAGUGUCAGAAAUGUGGGCUAACAUUCUGUUCAGUUUGCCUGAGAGAUUCUGAUCAUCAUCAAAGUGAAACUCCAUGUGAUGGAUUAUCUUACAACAGCAGAAGGGCUCCAAAACUUAGAUCUAGAAAACUCAACAACGAGAGUAUUGGAAGUCAGAAAAGUAAAGACAGAGUUAGACGGCUUUGACAUACGUUAUAUCAUACAUUUUGUAAAUUUAUGCAGCAGCCUAAUUGAGAUAAUUUUAAAUAGAUAGUUUUAUACAAUUUUUUAGGGAGUUGUACAUGUAUAAAAACCUACUUCAGAUUUUAGUUAGGUCAUUUUUGUAAUUGACGUUUUAUUCAUCAAGUCUUUGGCUAAACAUAACAGACUGAAUAUUGAUUUUAGUAAAAUUUUGUGUAAAAAUGUUAUGAAGCUCACUUAAUGUAUUUCCUUGCACUUAGAAAGUUUACUGAAAUAACCAUCUGCUAAUUCUUUUAAUGAGUUAACAAAUGUAGUAAUAGAGUUACAAAUAUAUUUUAUGGUCUUACAUCUCAUAUCUUCCUCAUGUUUGGCUAGAUAGAUUAACAUUUACAUCUACCCAUUACCAAAUUUAAGGGGGUUCCUGGAAUCAAAGAUGCAGCAUUAACUCAUCCCUCUGUUCAAAAGGAAGUACAAGGCAAUUUAAGAGUAGAAUAGGCCUUUUGCAGCUGGGGUCACGUGAUCAAUUUUAGAUAUAUAUUAUGGGAUACAACUUGAAGAAUACCAGAGACGGAAAGAGCAUAUCGAAAAUAGCAUAAGAGCCAAGUUUGGGCCCCGGGAAUUACAGAGCACUGUUUUUACAGCGGUUUGAACUUUCGGAAAAUUUAGAGGAUUUGUAUGGAAAAUGUUGCUGGAGAGCAAGGCCUUGCUCUCCAGCAACUUUUUCCAUAUAAACCUUAUU